AUGCGGCGAGUGCCCGAUGGGGAAAGCCCUGAGGAGGCCCCGAAGGGCACGACAGCGCAAAGCCAGCCUCCCCAGCAGUUUUUCGAUCAUAGCAGCACCACUUCAGCGUUCUUCCGCUCAUCCGAGCCACUGAGAGGUGAGUCAGUCUUAGGAAGAGGCAGAGAGGAGUACGCCUCUUGUUCAACGGGCUUCGCAAAUUUCGAGAGCACCCAGCCACACGUUCUCCGCAGUCCUCCUUCAGAGCGCAGCCGAGGCCCUCGCUUCAAUGCUUUUGUAGAUGUCGUGUAUUAUGACUCCAAAGCCAGUCAGCAAGAAGACAUCCGUGGGAGGACCGAAGCGUCAAGGCUUUCAGAGAGCGACGAAGCUCAGAGACACACUGACUUCUCCCCCGCGGGUUCCUCCGAAGAGGCUGAGGAGUGCGUGCCCCCUCUGGUGAGGCGGCCUGCGCCUCCUAGUGGUGGAUCGACUGGCCUUAUGGGCCAGAGCGACACAGCGCACAGCGAGAGAGAGGGAGAGUUUUUCAGGUCAAGCUCCGACAUCGAAAAUGAAGGAACGCCUUUGCAGAGGGAGCUCGACUCGAUUAAGCUGCCCUGCAGCAGUUACUUGCCGCGAUGUGUCAAACUGGGGCUGACCUACAUCGUUGCAAUUAACCGAGAUUCUUUCCUUGAGACCAAAGGUCCCUACCGAGUACUCCGACGCCGUUUCAAAAGCUUGAGGCCUCUUAUGUUCAAGCGCGAGAAAAUUGAGUCCGAGUUCGCUGAUUUAAAUUCUAGGAGAAUGCCAUUGCAGGUGCUCCUGGGCGCAUUUUUGUUAACUUCUGUGCGCGUGGCGAUCACCGCAAGCUCUAUAAAAACAGUGCGCCUUGGCACGCUGGGUCUGUUUUCUUACAACUGUAUGGGCCUGGCAGAGGCUGUUGUACUACUUCUUAUCCCUUACCAUCUCGCCUCUAUCCGGUAUGCUUUCUGUUUUUGGCUGACGCUUGUCGUCAUGGUUUGGGCAGUGCCCAUUUGCGGCCUUUCGGCAAAAUUGGCAGCUGAGAUCUUUCAGGAUAAAGAAGAAGGCUUCUGGUUCUGGUCUCCAACGCUCUACUUCGUCCUCAUGAUUUUUGCUAUCGUGAUGGACCAGUCAUGCUUCCUGCAUGAGCAGAAGAGAAGGGUAUUAUUUUGGAAGCUGAAGACUGCGGACGAUCGCCUGGAACUCCUGGAAGACCAAAUAUUCCAUAAACGCAAGAGGAAACAGGCGAAGGUGCCCUCAACUCCUUUGGAGAGCGUCCUUAAUAACAUAGAUCUUAUUCAAGGCUUGCUCUUGAGUUUCCAAGAUCUAGAUGAAGAAAAAGAACGUGUGCACUUCCUGUUGAACGAGGCGCGGCACAACUUGACCUUGACCGACAAUAUAUACCAGUUCAACGCAGAAACUUGUAGCGACAAGUUCGCUAGAAGCUAUGUGUCCGAUCUUCGACGAGAAGGUAUAAGCAGGCCUCGGACACUCUCUCGUAUGACAAGCCUCGCUGCCAGGAGAAGAUCGCGGCUUCAUGGAUCUUUUCCUGGGUGUCUCCUUCAGACUCUGCGAGAGAGCUUGUCAAAAGUUGGGCUAGACUGGAAUUUUAGCUGCAUCACCCUUGGGAUUAUAAGCCACAGGCCCAUAUUUGACGUUGGAUAUACCAUUCUCUCUCCUUUUAGCUUGUCCCCCGAUGUUUCUCUCGAUCGGAAGGCCCUGAGCAACUUCCUACAAGAACUAAACGACCACUACAAGGACAACCCGUACCACAAUGCGCUUCACGGUGCCACCGUCUGUCACAUGACGCUUUGCCUGCUCGAGAUGCUGAGCGUCCGCGACAUAAUGAGCGACUUUGAGGACGUUUCCGCCUGCAUCGCGUCUUUGAGCCACGAUGUGGGCCACCCGGGCCGGAACAACAACUUUAUGAUCGCAGCUAACACCCCCCUGGCCAUUACAUACAACGACGAAUCUGUUCUCGAGAAUCACCAUGCUGCGCUAACCUUCCGCAUCCUAAGCAAGCCUCAGUGCAAUAUCUUGGAGAAAGUUUCCCAAGAAGGAUACCGGCUGAUCAGGAAGCUGGUGAUUGGGUGGAUCCUUGAGACUGACAUGAAGAAGCAUUUCGACCACAUUGCCAGCUUCAGGACGAGGCGAAUGAACGCAGAGUUCAGUCUCGUCAACAAUGAGGAGGACAGAUCACGGACGAUAUCGAUGUGCAUCAAAGCGGCAGAUUUGGGCCACGCGGCCACGGAUUGGGAGCAGCAUCAGGAAUGGUGUCGCAGAGUCUACAUCGAGUUUUAUGAGCAGGGUGAUGAGGAGGCGGAAAUGGGGCUUCCAAAGUCUUUUCUUUGUGACCGUUCGGUUCACGACAAGGAGUUCCUCCCCGCACAGAUAGGCUUCAUUACCUUCGUUGUCAAACCACUGUACGAGGAGCUGAAGGCAAUGGAUGACACUUUGCAGCUUCCUCAUGAACAGGAACUUUCCAAGAUUUGCAUAGCUAACUUGGAGGCAAACGUAGCUUUGUGGCAAAAGAAGGAAAAGGAAGCGCAGAGCAUAGCUCAAGAAAACUGA